AUGAAACAAACUGUUCUUCAGAUCGUCUUUUAUGAGGACAAGAACUUCCAGGGACGUCGCUACGAGUGCGACAGUAACUGCUCUGACUUCCAGGCCUACCUGAGCCGGUGCAACUCCAUCCGGGUGGAGAGCGGGGCGUGGGUGGUGUACGAGAGGCCCAACUACAUGGGAUAUCAGUAUGUAGUAAAGAGAGGGGAGUAUCCGGAGUACCAGCGGUGGAUGGGCAUCAACGACCGCAUCAGCUCCUGCAAGAUGAUCCACUUUACCAGUGAAACCUCGUACAAAAUGCAGCUGUAUGAGAAGGCGGACUUCGGGGGCCAGGCGUUUGAAGCCACAGACGAUUGUCCUUCGCUCCUGGAGAAGCUGCGCUGGAGAGAGGUCAACUCCUGCAAAGUGUUCGACGGAUGGUGGGUUUUCUACGAGCAUCCCAACUAUCGCGGACGCCAGUACUUUCUCGAGAAGGGCGAGUACCGCAAACCUGGAGACUGGGGGGCCGCCAACGCCGCGGUGCAGUCGUUCAAACGCUUCACAGACUGAGCAAAGUCUGAUGAUAAAAUGACAGUAUGAUGUUAGAGGUCUCCA